AUGCAUCUUGUGCUACCACCAGAGCCAACACACACAGAAGCACCUUCUGUCUCUGCCAUGUCGCAAGAUUCGCCUUUCGCGGGUUCUGCUCAAGCUUCCACUUCUUCUCCCACCUGGUUGAAUCCUGAUACUUCCACAGCCGCAACCAGUACAUCCGCAUACUCUAGCUUUCCCAGGGCAACGGGUGCCACUCCCAUUUCCCCACGCGUCACAUUCAAUCAAUAUGCCAGCACCUCCUCAUUUAACCAAUCCUCACCAACUACAAAUGCACCGGAAGUCGACGGUGCAGAACUCUCUCGGCGUAUUCGCACUUUACGAGAUCACAUUCUGGAGAUCGAGGGUCAACUGCACCGACGUGUGAUGCCAUCUAUGGAUAAUAUCAUUCGUACACGGAAUGAGCUUCUUGAAAUUCAAGAUAGACGACCCGCGGGACAACUCCCUGUACUUGGUGUGGCGGAACUGGUUACCCGUAUUCUUGGUGCUCAAGAACGUGCACGCCUACUGGAAUUUAUCCAAGCACAGAAUUUGCAGACAGGCAUUAGUCAGAAUUAUGUCCCCGCCAAUUCCCCAACCAGUUACCAAGCAAGCCACCAAACAAGCCAGCAAGCAAACGUCACUCAGUUCUUUAUGUUGGCCUCGCCAACGGGGGAGGACCAUAGAAGUUUUGUCAUACGAAGAGACUCCGCAUCCCAACUCGCAGCACAGCCGGCAGUCUCGCCUAAUACAGCCCCCGCUAACGAACCUAGCGCCCCUCAAGCACCUCCAGCAUAUCAAGUGCCUCAGCCAUACCAAGCGCCUCAGGUACCCAUCCAAAAUGCAGCGGUAGUCCAGAACGCCCUCCGUCAAGCAAUGCUCAACCAACAGCGCCGAGGCAACAACAUCGAGCAUGCUGGCCUGGCACGACACAUCCGCCGUAUCUGGCUGUUCACUCGUCUGUGGCUAUUCUGUUAUCUCACCAGUGCCCCUGGUACCUGGAGGCGUUACAUCUUCGUCAGCAUUGCCUUACUCGUGACAUUCUUUUCCGAGACCAAUAUCCCGCGACAGUUUGCGACUCUGGUCAUCAGUCCUGUCCAACGCCAUCUCGAGGGCCUCACUCACGCCGGUGGCCCGGCAGCUCGAGCCACUCAAACAGGAGCCAAUGACGCUGCGGCGUCCAAUAUUUGGGACCAGCUCCGCCACGUGGAGCGGGCCCUUGUUUUUCUUUUUGCGAGUCUAGUUCCCGGUCUUGGUGAAGGGCAUGUCCGCGCUCGCGCUGCGGCAGAUCAAGCUUUCUUGGCUGAGCAGGAGCGUCUGGCGCGGGAACGUCAGGAGCAGGAGCAAGAGCAGCUACGGGAGCGGGAGCGCCAGGAACAGGAACGGGCUCAAACUGGCGUUGUGGAGGGCGCUGGAAACGAAGGUGCUCAACAGGAGGUCCCCGCGGCGAGUGCACAGUCUGGACAGGAUCCAGCAGAGAACUGA